AGUAACCAGUCAAGAAAUGAUGAGUCAGAAGAAGAGGAAGUCAGCCCGGACAAGCUUUGGGGCCACUGCACCUCCAUUCCUCGACUACCUGAAAGAUAUUUUGCGUCGAUAUCCAGAUGGUGGGCAAAUUUUGAAGGAACUGAUUCAAAAUGCAGACGAUGCUCAAGCCACAGACGUGGUUUUCAUCCAUGAUGAGAGAUGCUAUGGGUGUGAGAGUCUUUGGACUGACGAACUGGGAAAAUACCAAGGUCCUGCUCUCUAUGCCUACAACAAUGCAGCAUUUUCUGAUGAUGACUGGGAAAGAAUUCAGAAGGCAGGAAGAAGUGGCAAGCUGAAUGACCCCAACAAAAUCGGGAGGUUUGGAAUUGGUUUCAACUCGGUUUACCACAUAACAGAUGUGCCCAGUAUAUUCAGUUCUGGACACCUUGGGUGGAUGGACCCACAAGAAAACAUAUUUGGUGAAAGAAAUGGAGGAUUUCUGUGGUCUUUUGAUAAUCCCGAACACCAAGAAGCCUUGAUGACAAUGUAUGAUCAGUUUCAACCAUUUCGAGAUAUAGUUUCGCUUGUAGGCAAACAAGGAUGGUCAAAAGUGGUCAAAGAGGAUAAGCAUUUUGAUGGGACAGUCUUCAGAUUCCCUUUGCGCAACAAAGCAUCUGAAAUUUCAGAUAAUCUGUAUGAUUCUAACAAGGUCGUUGAGCUUUUUGACAGCUUCGCUGCAGACUCAGACUUGAGCCUCCUCUUCUUGAAAAACGUUAACUCUGUCUCCUUGAUACAUGUCCACACUGAUGGCUCUGUCGACACCAGGCUGAAGGUGAAAUCUUCUGCUGCAGGCGAGGUUGUUUCUAUGGCAGGACAGGAGUCAGCCAUUGAGGGUUUCUCAAGAUUCAAAGAGAUAACCCUCAGUUCAGGAGACCCCAAAGAGACUCAAGAAUGUGGCAGGCGUUGGCUUGUGACAACUUGUACCAUGAAAGAGGGCAAAGACAAAGACCUUGAUGUCCUUGCAAAAAAGUUGAGCUUUUUGCCUCGAGUUGACUUGGCAUUCCCCUGUGGUGAGGAGAAAGACGCUUGUGAGGGUAGACUCAGCUGCUUCCUCCCCCUCCCAAACAAUGAGCCCAACAAGACAGGCCUCCCUGUUCACGUCAAUGCCUGCUUUGGGCUCACGGACAACCGAAGACAUAUCAAGUGGCAAGAGGAGGACCAGAAACAUGACGAACAUGCUUUGUGGAAUGAACUGCUGGUAAAAAAGAUGCUUCCACAAGCAUACCUGAAAAUCCUUCAAGAUGCCAUUAAACUUUCCCAACAAUCCAGCCUGUCGGUCUCCUCUGUGUACAGUCUGUGGCCUGAUAUCGCCCAGAUGCAGCACAAAGAAAAAUGGCGUACUGUUGCUCUGGAUCUUUUUGAUCACCUAUUCAGAUACGACCUGGCUGUCCUUUCUCUUGCCAAAGAUGAAACUCAGUUCAUCCCACUCUCAAAGGCUGUGCUACCCUGUAAUGGUCCAACAAACACAACCAUAUCCUCGGCCAUUAAAAGGACUUUGGUGUCCUGUGGAGAAAACCUUGUGACUUUUCCUGCAAGUGUUUUGAGGGCUAUCGAGAGCUAUACUCACCACACAACCACAAAUUAUGUGACUCCAUCCUUCCUGAGAAAAGUCAUUCACAGAACUGGUGUGCAUUACAUCCCUGCAGAUGACAAACUGUGUCUUUUAGAGUACAUAUUGAGUGAUGGAAAAUACAGAGAACUUAGGGGCCUUCAGCUUCUUCCACUCAGUGACGGCUCCUUUAGAUCUUUCACAGACAAGGAGGAGGACAAAGCUUUAAUUGACAGCGCUGAAUUCCCAAGAGUCUUACUGCCAUACUGUAAACACCUCUUCAUCCCAGAAACUCUCAGUCAAACCUGCAGAACCCACCUGGAGAACCUGGCCAAACAAAAUUUAUUCAAAGUCAUCAACAUUGAAGAAGAUGAUGUGGCCGAAUACACAAGAAGAUAUCUGCCACAGGAUUGGAAGCAGUCAGGGACCGCGCUUGUCACAUGGGACAGCAGCAACAGUCAGCAUCCACCUUUAGACUGGCUUCAGACAUUCUGGAGGUUUCUCAAUAAUCACUUCCAACAGUUAAGUGGUUUCAAUGAAAUUCCUCUCAUCCCUGUCGGUCCCCUGUCUGUCAGUCGAACUUUACUAGCUAAACUUCAACAAAACACAACCCUCAUUUUCCAUGACAGUAAGCAGAGCCGUUUGCCAGACCAAAUAGCUCAGCUUGUGACCAAAGUUGGUGGCACAGUGGUGAGCUCAAAGGAGUGGCUCAGACAUGAAGACCUCAGCAAAUACGUGCUAAGUCCAUCUCCCAGGAGCGUCAUGGAGGUCUUAAAGAAUCUAGACUCUGACCAUCUUAUCAGAAGCCUAACAUUUGAGUCUCUAAGCGCACAAGAGGGCCUGAAGGACUAUCUUUCUCAAUUAAAUAGUCUCUCAAGCAGAGAGAAAGAUUUACUCUUGAUGUUGCCACUGUUUAAAACCAUGAAAGGAUUAUGUGUUGCAGCUAAAUCAAAACAGGCAGUGCUUCUAAUGUCUAGUCCAAGACUGCCUUCCGAGCUGCCUGUGCCUGAUUCAGUCAUCCAGUGUGCUACUGCGGCUGAUCGCAGACUGUUGGAGCUGAUGGGCGUUGAUCUCCUGGGUCCACCUGAGGCAGCCAUGCUUCUCAUUGGCUGCAUUGAGAAAGAAUAUUGCAGCAAUGUGGAAACUGAGACAAUCAUGACUUGGAUUUUACAGCAUGGUAACAUCCUUUUCUCUCAAAACCCUUCCUUAAAAAGCAAAUGCAGGAAUUUGAGAUUCAUUGAGGUAAAUGGGGAACUGAAAAAUAUUUCAAGUUUUUUGGAUCCAAGAAAAGAAAGAUUCAGAACCAUCUUUGAGGCAAAUUUCUUCCCCUCUCCUGCAUUCACUAAGACACAGCAGAUGCUGGAAAGUCUGACAGAUCUUGGACUGAUAACAAAAGCAGCAGAUAUCAAACCAGAGCACUGGUUACGUGUCGCCACAGUCAUUGACUGCUUGAGUGUGGACUCACACACCAAGGCUUUGGAGAAAUCUCACGUCUUCUUGGACAUCCUGAAUGCGAAUGAUCUACUUUCAAAGUUUUCUCGUGAGCAGCUUAAUUGCCUGAAGAAGUUGAAAUGGCUCCCAGGUGAUCAACCGGGUGAUGAAAAAAGACAGUUAUGUGACCAAUCUCAGAAAUGUUGUUUCUACUGUCCAGAAGAAAUCAGACACCCCAUGUAUGAAAACAUUAUUGGCCAUGUGAUGCCUGUGACAGGGAAGCUCAUUGAUAAAGUUAGCAAAAUGCUCGGUCUCCAAUGCCUGCCCCCACCCAAGAAAGUGAUUGAAAACCUGUCAGUUGUGAAAUCAAAAGCAAAAGAAAUAGCUGAUGAUCCAGACACAAAUGAAAAAGUCGAAGCGAGGCAACAGCCAUUUGCAAGUCCAGCUGAGGUAAAAGUGUCAAUAGAGAUCCUGAACUGGCUGUGGAGAGAGAAGGUGGAAGUUGAGGAUGACAUCCCAGUGCCAGUCAUCCUAGAGGAGCAACAAUUCUCCCUUAAACCACAUUCAGAAGCCCUCCUCUGUGAUGUCAGUGAAAGCAGUCUUCAAGAACUUCAGUUCAGUAAAGAGGGCAUGUACAUCUUGCAUGAAGAAAUCCCCAUAGCAACAGCUGAAUGGUUGAAAAUACAAUUUCUCAGUAACUUCAUCCUCGCCCCGGAAGUAGUGGGAAUAGAACAGUGUGGCCAGUUUGAGCCCAUAACUACCAGGAUUAAAAACAUCCUUAAAGAGUAUGAUGAAGAAAGUGACAUCUUCAAAGAGCUAAUCCAAAAUGCUGACGAUGCUGGAGCAGAAGAAUGUAAAUUCUUGCUGGAUUACAGAGUACACAAUAAUCCCCCUGAAAGUCUCAUUGAUCCAGGCAUGGCCCUCUGUCAGGGACCAUGUCUCUGGGCAUUUAACAAUGAGCAGUUUUCGGCCGAGGACUGGGAAAAUGUUGUCAGAGUUGGCUCUGCCUCAAAAGAAAACAAAGUGGAAAAGAUUGGAAAGUUUGGACUGGGAUUCAAUACAGUGUAUCACGUAACAGAUGUUCCCUCCAUCCUCAGUGGCAACAAGCUUCUCAUUCUUGACCCAAAUGUUUCACACCUUAAGAAGCACAUCAGACACAAAACAAAUCCGGGAAUCAAACUGGAUCUCUCUCAAAAGAGACACUUUCGCCUUUUUCCUGGUUACUUUGGACCAUAUGAGCAGAUUUUUGAUUGUAGUUUCACUGACAAGAGUUCUCCUGAACCCUACAUGGGCACUUUGAUCAGACUACCUUUCCGAAGCAUAGAAGAGGCUCACAUGUCAGAAAUAAGCACAAAGGUAUUUCAUGAACAUGACAUUGUUGCUUUACAGGAGAACUUCACGAUAAGUGCACAAACCCACCUGCUUUUUCUCAAAAACGUCAACACACUUUCCUUACAAAGCAUCUCAAACAAUGCAUCAACUCCACCUAGAGAUGAGGAAAUAGAAACCAUCCUCACGGUCUCCAAAACCCCUGUGACAACAAUGAGGGUUACAGAUGAAAGUGAACAGUGUCAGGCUGAGGAGUUGCUGAUGGAAAAUGUAAAUGUUAGAUGCAAAGAGGUCAUUGACAGCAGCACAAUUAACAUUGUUGAAAUAGACAGCCAGCAGGCUGGUAAAACUGAGAAACAACUCUGGCUCCUGUACAACUGCUUUGGGACACAUCAGUCCUUGAAAAUGGCUCUGAACGGAAACAAGAAAGCCAAGUUCUCUUUGCCCAUGGGGGGGAUUGCCGUGCCCUUGCAAAUAAAGCAAAAAAGUCAAAAACUGUCCCCACUACAAACACAUCUUGUUGGGCAGGCAUUUUGCUUCCUGCCUCUUCCCAUUCACACGGGUCUUCCAGUGAAUAUAAAUGGAACUUUUGCUGUGAUGAGCAAUCGAAAAGGUCUGUGGGAAAGUGGAGUAAAAAGCGAGUGGAACAAAGCUCUUCUUCGAGAUCCUGUAGUGAGAGCAUAUCUGACUUCCCUUUUGGCACUAAAGGAAAUGUCUCAAAACGACCAGCUGGAAAUUUACCGUUAUCACACCUUUUGGCCAGACAGAGAGAAGGUCACUGAUACUUUCAAGCCUUUGGUGGACGCAUUUUAUUCUGCCAUUGCUCAGCGGUCCAAUGGCCCUGAGCUCCUCAGUGAUGGAGAACACUGGUGCUCAAUGAACAAUACCAUAUUUCUGCACGAGAGCAUUGAGGAAGAUCCAUGCAUCAGUUCAAUUGCAUUCCAGGUGUGCAAGAAAUAUGCAAAAGCAACUGGCUAUGUUGUUCACCUACCACUGUGGUUAAGAAAUAACUUCAAACAGGCUGGCCUGGGGGAAGUUUUAGAGAGCAGAACCUGGACCUGGGAGAAGUUCUAUCAGGAGGGAGUGUUCAAAAACCUGGAGACCUUGGACCCAAAGAGCAGAGAUACUCUUGUGCUGCAUGCGAUUGACCUCAAUGUCAGAGAAAUUGACAAUCUGCUUAAGCAUUAUCCAUGCAUACCCACAACAGAUGGACAGCUGCAGUAUAUCAACAAACUCGUCAGUCCAUCAGGGAGAGCAGCCUGUCUUUUUGGAAAAGGAGAGGGCCGCUUACUUGGUGGCUCUGAAAAUGACUUUUGCUCCGCUAAAAGAGUGCAGCGCUUGUUUGAACUUGGAAUGGCACAUGAUGACCUUCUGUUGGAGGACAUUGAAAAUAAAGCACGCACGAUGACAAAAACCUGGAAGGCUGACCAAAAGAAAGCAUAUACACAUCUGAAGUGCCUUCUUGAAUUAAUGCGGAGUCACAUACAUGACAGAGACGCACCCCUCUGGGAGAGACUGAAGACGAUUGCCUUUCUCCCCGCAUUUUCGCCCGGUGAUGUUAGAAUGGAAAGAAAUGCAACACUUCAAAAGCCAACUAAUGUUUUCACAGACCGAGACUCCCACCUUGUUAACAUGAAGCAUCAUGUCCUGAAUCACGCUGGCUUGAAAAUACACCACAAAGAUCCACUCCUUGAAGUGUUGGGAGUUUGCAGCAGUCCAGAGCCAACGAUAGUGCUUCAGCAGCUCCAAGAAGCAUGGAGACAGUCACAGUCAAUAGACGGGUCUGUACUGCACAAACUGGCACACGAGUGCUACAAGUUUCUAGAUCAAUGGAUUAGUGGCUGUGAGGACACCACCUCCAUUUCAAGGUGUGCAAAUGCAUUCCCCUUCGUACUUUUCGGCAAAACAUUUGUAAAUGUCAAAUCCGUGGCUGAAAAUGGGUCAUUUGACGCAAAACCUUAUCUCUAUAUACUGCCACCUGCCUUCGGUGGUUUCAAGAAUCUCUGGCAGAGUGUGGGUCUUCAAGAAAAGUUUACCACCAGUCAGUUUCUCACUGUGCUUGAAGAACUGCACUCUCAACAUGGAAACAAGCCCCUGCCAGAGAGUGAUUUAUCCAUUUGCCUUACAGUUUUGAGCAAGGGAAUAUUUGAGGCCAACAACAAAACAACAAGUGACUGUCUGAUACCAAACGAGCAUGGUGUUUUACAACCUGCGAAAGAGCUACAUUUCAAUGACAGCCCAUGGAUGCCGGUAGCCCCAGAACUCACAUUGUGCCAUGCAAAUAUCCCUCGUAAAAUGGCUCUGCACUUUGGAAUCAAAACAACCAGGCACCAUACUUUGGAAGGCUGCACAACUGAAAUGUCCCCGUAUUCAUUCCCAUUUGAACAGCAUGAACAGCUAACUGUUCGAAUUAAAAACAUCCUGUCAGCAUACCCAUCAAAGAGGGAUAUCAUCAAAGAGCUCAUCCAAAACGCUGAUGAUGCUGAGGCGACAGAAAUUCACUUUGUUUGGGACAAACGGCAGCAUGGCAAAGAGAAAACGUUUGGGCCGAAAUGGAAUCGUCUACAGGGCCCAGCUCUGUGUGUGUUCAACAACAAAGUGUUCUCAAAUGAUGACUUGGAAGGCAUUCAGCACCUGGGGGAAGGAGGGAAGUGCAACUCUCCUGGAAAAAUAGGCAAAUAUGGAGUUGGAUUCAACUCUGUUUACCACCUGACUGACUGUCCAUCCAUCAUCACUGGAGAUGAAUUGCUUGGUGUUUUUGAUCCCAAUCGGAAAUACAUCGACUGUCACACAGACAAGCCUCCGGCUGGCGCUGGGUACAAACUACUUGACACUUUCAAAGAGAUGUAUGCGGAUGUCUACAAAUCCUUUCUUCCUGACAAAUUCUCUCUUCAAGAGGGCACCAUGUUCAGGCUACCACUGAGGGAUAGUGCAACUGCAUCCAAGUCCAAGAUAUCACAACAAGAAAUAACUGAUAAUGACAUGACAGAGCUGUUCUCUGCCUUAACCGAAGACCCUGAGGGUCUGAUUUUGUUCCUGAAAAACAUCAGCAAAAUAGAAAUUCAUGUUAUCAGUGAACGUUCAGGAAAACUGGAAAGAAAAUUUGUGGUUGAAAAAAGUCUGCCCCCAGGUAGCAGAGAAGAAAAGGAUGCCUUUGUAAAUCAACUAAAAGCUGCAUUACGAUCUGAGAGGGACGUAACCCCACACAAGGUCCUUUAUGAAACUACUAUUUCCACCUCAGACAAAAGGCAAAGUAAGUGGAUCAUUGCAGAAGAGUUUGGCUCAUUCAAAGACGCUGACAAAGAAAGAAACAAACUUCCACAGGGAGCGAUCGCUGCACGUGUGAGCACAAAGUCCUCAAACCCAUCACAGUCCAGUAAUCUGAUGUUUAAAGGUGCAGCAUUUUGUUCUCUUCCGCUGCCUGGAGAAACCGGACUCCCAGUUCAUAUCAGUGGAAACUUUGAGGUAGAUGCUGGCAGGAAAAAUCUGUGGAUUGAAGAUGGCCACAGUCACAAAUCAAACUGGAACGAGUGUUUGAAACAAAACCUCAUUGCUCCACUGUAUGCUGAUCUCUUGUACAACAUCAAAUGUAAGAUUGCUGUCAAGCCAAGUUCUUCUGGAAAUAUUGAAUUACAUUUAAGUAUCUCGUACUUGUGCUUUUGGCCAACUGCUUCAAAAGAUGUUGGUCCAGUGUGGCAUGAAAUGAUAUACGAGGUGUACAGAUCUGUUGAGGAAAAGGGCCUUGAUGUGAUCCCAGUUCUGAGGAGCUCAACACAGAAGCUUGUAAAUCGUGAACUACAAGUGUACUCCAUCAACUGGUGUAACCUCAGUCAAACAGAGGUAAGUGAAGUGCCUUACCUGAUGCACUCAGAAUAUGAUUCCAUUAAUCCCAUUUUGGAAAACCUUGGAAUGAAGCUGGUUCCCACUUCCAUGAAAAUGUCAGAGAUAUGGAGAAACUUCAGAUCUGCUGGCAUUGAUGUGAAGUCAGUCUCUCCAGCAGCUGUCCGGACCUUCCUGAAAACAAAAGCCCUCAACGAUCCAACUCAAACAGAUGAGGAUUUACCCUUGCCCAUAACUGCCACUCUGAUCAAAGAUGAAACGAGAUGUUCUCAGCUCCUGACUUUCUGUCUGGAUGAUUUCAGAGUGAAGAACACUAAACAAAGUCCAGCUUCACUCGAUGGGCUUCCACUUCUUCUCACCAGUGACAAAAUGCUGAGAAUGUUUGACUCUAAAUCUCCCAAACUGAUAUCAAGAUAUGAAAGUAUUUUUCAAGACAACAAAGACAGAUUUGCAGAUUAUGAGACGAACAAGAGCCACAUUGAUUCUCUGAAAGUUUGUAACCUCAUUGAGAGUUUGACUCUUCCCCAGGCAGCCAAACACUUGAAGUCAUUAAUCCGUGGUUUCAUUCAACAGUGUGACGUUGAUCUAGACAGUGGUCUUCCAGUCCCAAAUGAAAAAAUGCUCAAGUGGUUGAAUGUUUUUUGGAGGUUCAUUUUUAGUAAAAUAACCAGUGGUGGACAAAAGGGUCCAACAUUGAGUGAUGUGAAGAAGAUCUUCAGUGACUGCAGCAUCCUUCCUGUUAUGUGCCCGAGGUCGAACAACAAGCACUGCCUGCAAACGAUGCAAAACAUGCCAAGCGUGGUUCAUUCUGCCUCAGAAUGGGACAUAUCACCCAUCCUCUUUAAACUUGGUUUUGUGAAGCUCAACAGUGCUUUUUUCUCCAAGUCAGACAGGAAAGUAAUCUGCCUUCUAAAUGAUGAACUCAUGGAUGUGAAUGACAAGAUUUCAGUGUUGGACCAGGUCUGCAAAAUCAACAGCUCUGAGUUUUCUCACCUUUCAAGUGAAGAUAUGAGAAAAUUUCAGGAAUUCCUUCAGUCUGUAAGCGUCAAAUCUGAGCACAUUCAAGAGUAUAAGAGGAAACUUAAAUCCUUGCCGCUAUUUCAGACGGUUCAAGGGGAAAGAGUGAGGAUUGAUGGGCCUGCAGAGGUCUUUGUCCUCAGCAGCAUCCACUCAGGGCAGUUUCCGGAUCUGUUCAGCCUGUCCAACGCCCACGGCAUCUUCCUCAAAUACAAUUCAGAGAACCGGACUCUUUCAGACAUGCUGAACAUUGCCAUCCUGGAUGACUUGCAAUAUUUUAUGAGGUUCAUUCUGCCCGCUGUCCACGGACUCAAUGAGAAACAGAUUCUUCACUGCAUCCAGCUGUUGCUCUCACUAAAACAUUUUGAUCAGCACAAGGACAAAAUCAUGUCCUCACUGAAAACAAUUAAACUCAUUCGCAGUUCCAAAGGCAACCUGGAGACUGCGUCAUACUACUUUGAUGAUCACGUUGAGCUUUACAAGAGAAUGGCUCCACCAGAGAGGUUUGUUCCUAAGAAAUUUUGGUGUGAGGUGGCUGGAGGAGAUCUAGACAAGGAAUGCAGUGCAAGGAAAAUGAUAAGGGAUCUUGGAAUGAGGCAUGAAGUGUCUACAGAUGAUAUCAUUAAUUUUGCAUACCAGCUAGAAACAGAAGCAAAGGGAAACUGUAAGCUCGAAAAACUGGAAAAAAACUCAACAUUACUCCUCAGGGAAACCCUCCAGAAAGUGAGCAAAGAUAUAAAGGAAGAGGCAAAGCUGCUCGGCAAAAUAGCUGACAUCAAGUUCAUCUUUCCAGUGAAGAUUCGAGAAGAGCUUUGCAACUAUCAUCAGCCAUUUUCUUCACAGAGAACUACUGUUCCAAUCAGAGGUUCUUUGAUCGAGAGAAAUCCAGAACAUCAAGACUUGAUUUGGUCCUCAAUGCCAAUUAUUCACCUACCAGUUUACAUCUCAUCCAAACUCCUGCAAGAAGUCAAACAUGCAGGAGCACACGAAAAUCCUCCUUCUGACUGCGUGACCAGAAACAUCAGAAACAUCUGUCAGUCACCAUGUGAGACGGAGCCUCUGAUCAGAACCAGGGCUAACGUGUUUCGCAGUGCUUAUGCAUAUCUGCAAGCAAAAGGCUUCGAUGGACAGUCCCUGGCUGCUCUUCCUGUUGUGCUGGUUGAGGAAGACACACAGCUUUUUAAACCUGAGGCUGUCUGUCUCUCACUGUUCCAUGACCUCGAGUUCAGACCCUACUUGUAUAAAAUUCCGUCACAGGAUACCUUGUAUGCAGAGUUCUUUAAGAAGAUCGGUGUGAAGAACGAAGCCACUGCAGUGCAUUACUGUAAUGUCCUGGCAGCAGUUUACACUGACACCUGUGAUAAGCCAGAGUUGAAUCCAAACCAGCAGAAGACUGUAAAACGAGCUGUUGAGCAGUUAUUUGAGCUAAUCAAAACUCAGGGAAGUCAGGCUAUCCCUGCUUCUGUUACGACUUUGUAUCUGCCUGCAGUGGAUGGGAGGUUACAACCAUCAUCUUCCCUCUACUACAACGACACCAUGUUUGAGACGAAAAGGCUGGAAGAGGCACUGGAAGACGAGUUCCUGUUGCUUGAGAGACUCAGUAGCUGUCACUUAGGGAAUGACAUCUACGAGCACCACCGACUGGUUAAUUUGCUGCCUCCGGAAUUUAAACCGAGUAUGUUGUCUCAGUUAACUGUGGAAAGGAUGGUGGAAUCAAAGGUGCAACCCUGCGAGCUCGGGAAUGGCUGUGGCUUCAGUGGAUGGUUUGAUAAACACCUUUCUUCAGUGGAAUUCAGAUAUGGACUAAUUUGUCUUCUCAGAGAGCAUACCAAGGGGAAACUCUCACAAGAAGAGGCUGCCGAGAUGUGUGACAGGACUUUUGGCAGCAUUGAAAUAGUCUGCUGCAAAACGCUGGAGACCAUGCUGUGGCUCAACAACCAGCCUCUACACAGAACUGCCAGAGAAGUGCGACUUUAUGUCAGACGAGAGCAAGCAGGCUGCACUUUUUUCUUGAAGCACAAUGAUGACAUGGCCCCCAAAGUGAUAAAUAACGUUAACAUGACGCUCAUAAAGGAGGUCAAUGCUCUUUUAAAGCAUGGGAUAUCAUCUGUUCACCUGCCUGUACUUGGACAACUUCUCAAUUGCGAUGACAUGGAAGAGGUUAAGAAAACCCUGGCUGAGAAUGAGAUCCACGACAGUGCUGAAACCAACAGUUUAAACCUCAGCCCACCAGCUGCUGGGACAGAUAUUCCUGACGCAUGGCAUGAUGUGUUGGACAUGAGCUUCCUCAACAACUUCGAAGAGGGAGAAUACAUUGGUUACAUGAUUGAAAACAAGUACAUUUAUGGGAUCAUUGUUGAGGUGUUCCCCGGGCUCUCUGGACGAUGUUCCCAAAAAUACAGGAUUGAAAUCGGAAAGGAUGAUCUGGUUGAAGUCAGCCACCUUGACCUGUAUCAGCUGAAACGGGAAAAAAAACAAAAAACAGAAGUCAGAACAACCACAUCUUCAAUGGAGCUGGAGAAGCGAGCAGGGCCUGUGCCACAUGCCUCCCGCCCUUCAAGAAGUUCUUUGCCAGCCUCUUUUGCUGAGGCUAAAACGGAAAUUGACAAAUGUCUGGCUGAGAUCUGGACACUGCCUCAGGAGGAGAGGCAGAAGGCCAUCAGGCGACUCUACCUUAGAUGGCACCCUGACAAGAAUCUUGACUGCCCCGAACUCGCCACAGAGGCAUUUAAAUAUUUACAGAAUAGAAUUGAUGAACUCAGCAAAGGCAAGACUGUAGGUAAAUCUAAUUCGAGCAGAAACUUUAACUUCAGAGACUUCUACCCGCAGUGGAAUCAGGAGGCGAGAAGUCACAGAAGUGGGCGAGAAAGAUUCUCUCGGGGUUACCGUUCCUACAAUUUUUGGACCCAUAACACAAACGUCCCAAGGCCAAACAAAGAGGAGGCCCAGCGCUGGUAUAAACAGGCCCGCUGUGAUCUUGAUGCUGCUCAAAAUGACAUGGAUCGUGGGAGCACAGAAUGGUGUCUCUUUAAAGUGCAUCAAGCAGUGGAGAAAGCUCUCAUUGCUGCGGAGUACAAACGGAAUGGCAAACAACCCGACAGCAGCUCCAUUUCAGCCAGCGCCGCCAAAGUGUCCCGCUACGACGCCAACCUGACAAAUCUGCCUCAGCUCGUGGAUCGUUUGAAGACUCUGGGAGUGGACCCAAAAAAGACCCAAUACCCGAACUGCCAUCCAUAUCCCCACAUUCCAAACGGGCAGUUCAGAUCGGAGAACGCUGUGUUAGCGCUGACCACAGCGACAGAGCUACUGAGCAAAGUGGAGACAUAUGUGAAGUAA